AUGCGAUUCGCCGUCGUCGACGACGCGCUCGACGCCGACGCGUUCGCGCGCGUCGGCGCGUUCGUCGACGCGUACGUCGCGCUCGCGGACGGCGGGUACGACCCCGCGACGUCGCGCGAGGGAUGGUUGGACGAGGACGCGGUCGGCGGCGACGACGACGCGACGACGACGACGACGACGACGACGACGACGACGACGCUGACGAGCGCGUUCUGGACGCCGAGACGCGCGCUCGCGGCGCCGCGGUGCGCGAUCGAGGCGCUCGCGGGCGGGUGCGCGGCGGCGCUCGGGCUCGCCGACGACGACGCGCUCGCGGGCGCGGAGUGGUGGAUACAAGACGUCGCGUGGAACGAGCGGCCGAAGGCGUAUCACGCGGAUUGUGACGUGGCGAUGCGCGAUGGGGUCGGGACGAGGACGUUUCCGGCGAUGGCGAGCGUGUUUUACGUCGACGGGGAGCGAGGGGGAGGCGCGACGGCGGCGUUCGAUCAGACGACGGCGAGCGAGGCGGGCGAGGAGACGGCGAGCGGACUCUGGCCGGAGACGCCGGAGAGGGUGUUCGCGUGCGAGGUGAGGAAGAAUAGGUUGAUGGCGUUCGAGGGCGAUCGUUGGCACGGGGUUUUGGCGAACGAGGGUGGGUUUCGCGGGCAACGCGUGACGGUGCUCGUGAAUUGGUGGCGCGAGCGACCGUCGGGGGCGAGGAAUUUGCCGAAUAGGUUCGUGAGUCCGACGCGAACGGCGCGAUUGGGGAAGUGCGUGCCCGUCGAGCCGUGCGUCGUGAAGCGCGCGUCGUACGAGGACGAUCGCGCGGCGUGGGAGGCGCAAGAAAUGCCGGCCGUCGCGGGCCAAUCCGUCGUCGAGUUCGAUUAUCGAAGCGGUUGA